AUGGAUGUGAAAACCGCAUUUCUCAAUGGUGAUCUAGAGAAAGAUGUUUAUAUGAAACAACUUGAAAGUUUCUUCUCUAGUGACAGUGAGCAAUUGGUUUGUACAAGACCUGGCAUAGCAUUUGCUGUUGGAAUGUUAGGAAGAUAUCAGAAUGACUUGGAAGUCAUUGGCUACUCUGAUUCAAACUUUGCUGGCUAUGUUGAUUCACGAAAAUCAACUUCUGGAUACAUUUCUAUGUUAGCCGGUGGAGCUAUAUCUUGGAGGAGUGCAAAACAGACUUUGAUUACUACUUCUACUAUGGAAGGUGAAUUCGUUUCUUAUUUUGAGGCUACCUCACAUGGUGUAUGGUUAAAGGGUUUAAUUUUCGGCCUGAGAAUUGUCGACUCUAUCUAUAAGCCAUUAAAGUUAUAUUUUGACAAUUUAGCUGCUGUAUUUUUGGCUAAGAAUAACAAAAGUGGUAGUCGAAGCAAACAUAUUGACAUCAAGUAUCUAGCUAUAAGAUAA